AUGAAUCCUGCAUUGCUGAAGGAUGAUUAUUUUCUGAGGCUGGACAGUAUUCAAGGGGAAUGGAUACAUUAUUACACAGAUGGGUCACUCCUGGAAGAUGGUAGAGCAGGAAGCGGGGUAACUGUAUAUCAGAAUGGAGAGGAGGUAUACCCUCUAUCAUUACGAUCAUCAGAUGGAUGCUCCAUAUUACAGUCAGAACUUCUAGGUAUUACAGCUGCCCUGAGUAUCAUAAAUAGGAAAAAGGACAAUGCCAUAAUAGCAACAGAUAGCCUGAGUGCCCUGCAAUCACUAACACCAAGAAAAGCUGAAUCAAAUAUCAUAGUGAGAAGAGCUAUAGACCUGCUAUCACAGAUCAGACGAGCCGACAGAAUGGUUGCAUUCAUAUGGGUGCCUUCACACAUUGGAAUCAAAGGCAAUGAGAGAGCCGACGAGCUUGCUAAAGAAGGCACAAGGAAGGAGAGAGUGGCUUACAAACUGACACCAUCCCUGAGUAUGUUGAAGGACUCAGUUGGUAUGGAAAUAAUGCAAAGAUACAAUGAGAGAAUAGAGAUGCUCAAAGAAACACACUCAUCAAUAAGAAAAUACCUUGAAAUUACUGGAGGUAAAUCACCUGACUACAAACUUUGUGGACUGGAGAGCAGAAGGAAGCAAACAACAUAUAGCAGACUAAGGAUGCAGAGCCGAUACCUCUGGGAGGUACUGCCAGCUGUCAGUCCAUCAGAAACAUGCUGCAGACUAUGUGGCGAGUUAAGGAAGCACACUCUAAGUCAUUAUCUCGUGGAGUGUGAAGAGAUUACUCAAUACAGGCCACAGGGACUGAGUGGAGUUGACCUACUCAAGCAUUUUCUGUAA